AUGUCGUCGUCGACGGGAAAAGAGGAAAAGACUGAAACAGUACAGAAAGUAUGGAAACCAGAAUUGUAUAAAAUACAACUGGAAGCACCAACACCCAAGCCCCUGUACACAACAAAAUUUCUCACCAAUAAUUUCGAAAAUGAAGAGAAAAUUCCGAAUUUCUAUGGUAGUGAAUAUCAUGGCAUUAUGAGUCAUAAAGAAGCCGAGGAAUUGUUGAACAAUAAACCGGAUGGCUCAUUUCUGGUGCGCAAAAGUCCCGGUGCACUGGACUAUUAUACGUUGAGUGUUCGUUUCAAUAAGAAAACGAAACAUUUCAAGAUCUAUUUUAAAAGUGGACAAGGCCAUUAUUUACAAGAACAAUCGAAACAUUUCGAGAGUGUUCAUGAUCUGGUUGCCGAUGGUUUGGUCAACUUUUAUAUGCAGCUGCAUGCCGGUCCCAUUAUCCAAGAGAUCAAUCAACAGACUGGAAAUUGUUAUCAACAAAGUCCGUAUAUGACAUUAAAUCGGCGUAAAUUGCGGGCACUUUCAAAUGACUUGAGAAAAUCUCUGGUCAACAAAAGCAACAAUGACAAUAAAUUGGUGGAUUUGACGACAAAUGUGGAUGUGGCGGCUGAUGAUGCCAAUAAAUUGUUGGGAACAGAUAAUAGUCAUCAUAUCUCUGUGGUUGAUGGUUGUUCUGAAGGUACAACAAAAAGUUCGGAUUACGGAGAUACACUAUUGCCGUUUGUUUACGAAAAGGCCCACGCCUUUAAGGUCCACACAUUUAAGGGACUCAAUUGGUGUGAUAUUUGUGCCAAUUUCUUAUGGGGUUUCACGGCGCAAGGUGUGCGUUGUGAAGAUUGCGGCAUAAUAGCACACAAUAAGUGCUCUGAACUUGUACCGGCAAAAUGUUUACCGGACUUAAAAAAUAUACGCGGUGUUUUCGGGACGGACUUGACCACUGUGGCUCAACUUUAUCAGUGUUCUAUACCAUUUGUGGUGCGUCGUUGUGUCGAAGAGGUUGAAGCUCGUGGUAUGCUGCAAGAGGGAAUCUAUCGUGUUUCGGGAUUUGCCGAUGAAAUUGAUGCGCUUAAAUUGGCCUUGGAUACUGAGGGCGAAAGAACCGACAUGUCUGAGACGGCAUAUAGUAAUAUAAAUGUCAUUGCUGGCACCUUAAAGUUAUAUUUGCGUUUGCUACCCGUGCCCUUAAUAACAUAUCAGGCAUAUCCUAGUUUUAUGGAAUCAUCAAGAAUCAAUAAUCAGGAUGAUCAAAUUAAACACAUGAGUGAAGCCGUAAAAAAACUACCCAUGGCCCAUUAUGCUUGUCUCAAAUUUAUGAUGGAACAUUUGAAAAGAGUUGCCUCACACUAUGCUGUUAACAAAAUGAAUGAACAUAAUUUAGCCACGGUAUUUGCACCAACGCUGAUUGCAACACCUCAGCAUUUAACAAAUUUAACCGAAGAAAUAUUUAUGUUGUCAUCAUUAAUUACCCAUUGCAAUGUUAUUUUUAAUUAA